AUGUCCACGAAACAUUUGAGGAGAUUACUUCAAGAGAAAGAAGCUCAAGAUAACGAGCAAAACGACGACAAAUCUGAUGACGAGGAGCCGAAAACGAAGGGAAACACAAAUCGCUUUCAAUUUUUGGAGGAUGAAGAUUUAGGAGAAGACGACGAAGAAGUUCAAGGAACAUUCGCACCAAGUCAAUCGAAACAAAAGCAAAAGGAAAAGAAAAACAAGAAGAAGAAAGCCAAGAAUGCCAAGAAUAAGGACGAAGAGAAAGAAGAUGACGAUACUUUGCUUGAGAGACUUGCUGCCGAAGCUCGUAUCAUGACGGUCAACGCGAGUGAAGAAGGUGAGUUGGGUGAAACUGCGGGCGUGGAGGAAUUGUUCAAGGUCGAUCCCCGACAAUUGGAUCCGACCGAGGAGCUAAAACGGGUCCUAGGCAAGUUGCUUCGCGAAUCCUCUUCUUCGACUCGCGAAACUGCGCACUUUGUACAUAAAGCCGGUUGGGGCCGAAUCGCCAAAGCAAAGACGAAUUGGCCAGCACCAAAAGCGAUAGGCCUUUCAAUGGAACCCGAUGUUGAACGUCAAUUUCCGAUCGGUCUUAAAUGGUUUCGAUUUAGUCAUAACGGGAACUAUGAAAAAUGUGAACGUCUCUGUUGGGUUGCCGAAGAUACACUCAAUCAUGAACUUGUGAAUGAGGUCUUGUCUUCCGCGUUCUAUCAUUUAAAUGGACUCUUGAUGUAUGCAAACGUUUUUCGGAUGCAAGACGAUAUCACACAGUGUUGUGAUUGUAUUGAGCGCGGGAUUUUCUUUGCCGAACAAGCUUUUCAUCCAUUGUUUCAGGUAUUUUCUUGGCAACACCGACUUGAUUAUGCUGUCUAUGAGAAUCGAGCAUUUUUCCUGUUACUGCAUAGACACAUGCUUAAUUGUGUUCAUAAAAGAUGCUUCAAAACGGCUCUGAACAUUGGAAAAUUGCUCUUUGGAUUGGAACCUCAAGGUGAUCCACUUGGCGUGUUACUCGUGUUAGAUUCUAUCGCUCUUCGGGCAAAACAAUAUUCGUGGCUACGACAAACUUUCGCGGCUAUAAAUGAAUGGAAAAAACUCGAACUGUUACCUAAUUGGCUCUACUCGUUGGCUCUGGCAGCAUACUUGGAGAAACAAAGUGAUGCUGAUAUUUUGCUCGAACAAGCCAUCAUCGCCCAUCCGAGUGUUGUGACCGAGAUUUUGAACGAACUCCAAAUGCAGCCUGAUUCAGAAGUGGAGAAUAAUGCCUAUUUGAAGGGCACCGCUUUUGCCAAAGAGCCCGAGGGUCUUCAAUUGCUCAUCAAAAUUUAUGUGAAACAAACCGCUGAACUUUGGAAGGCUCCAAAUGUGAUUGGGUGGCUUGAGAACAUCACUCGACAAACGAUUCGUCGUGAGACUCUGGCGAAGAAAAUGGAAGAAUGGAAAGUGAGACGAUUUCGUUCCUUUGUCGGUGUUCCACUCAACUUGAGACGCGCCGCCUUUCUUGUUGGUGUCGAUCAUUCGGCUACAUCAAUUACUGAUCCACUUCCGCCGGCAAAUGGACGUGCGCGAUAUACGAAGAGUUUGUUGCCACCACAACAUGUGGACGGGUUUCUCAGCGGCUUUCUCCAUUCAAUCUAUCCCGAUUAUCAACCAGGCGAGCACUUGAUGGACGCAGUGCGACGGAUGAUCCAGGACUUUGUUGGAGGAAAUGGUACCGAGGAAAGAGAUCCGAAUGCUCAACCACCGCAGCCACAG